AUACAAGUCAUCAUACUCUCUCAAGUCUCAACUCAUUUUGCAUCUCUUUCUCUCUCUCAAUCUCAUAAAAAUCCCACAAGACACCUUUGUUCUUCUUAAUCAUCUUUUAUGGCGAAUUUGAUCCUUAAGAAAUCUCUAAUCAUACUCCUAAUCAUAUUUUCAUCACCAAUCUUGAGUUCUCAAGCUCGAAUCCUUCGUGUAGGCCGUGUUGCGACCAUGGACAAUAUGGAUAGUCAGGUUCUCCUACGUGAACUUGGGAUUGAUCUCUCCAAGUUCAAAGGUCAUAACGAGAGGCGGUUUUUAGUGGAUUCCGAAAGAGUUUCACCGGGAGGUCCUGAUCCACAACACCAUUGACUCAUCUAUACAGAUAUAUAUAUAUAUAUAUAUAUAUAUAUAUACGUUAUCGGAGAUCCAAACGCAAGUAAUUGUGACUGAUCCAUGCAAGUAAUUUAUAUAUCGCCAUUAUAUGCUUUUCUUUUCUUUUUCAUUAAUCUUACGUACAAUUUUGUUGUAUCAAGGUUUUGGUAUUCUUGUACCUCCUUAUCAUACAUCAAGCUUUUUCUCUGUGUGUUUUCUUGUGUA